UACCCAGUCGGUCGCCUUCUUCUUCCUCAAGAAAAAACCCACAGCUAUUUGAAAUAAAGAAAAUGAAGUAAUCAAACACUUGAAAGAAACUCGGAGAGUUUAGGAAGAUCCCUACGACGAAUAACCAUCUCAAGGGGACCAAUUCUUUACGCUUCGUCACUCGUCGCUGGAAAAGUGUUUCCCAGUUGUUGACAAAUGGGUGACUCGCAGUACUCGUUUUCUCUCACUACUUUCAGUCCUUCUGGGAAGCUCGUUCAGAUCGAGCACGCCUUGACGGCCGUGGGCUCUGGCCAAACCUCUCUCGGAAUCAAAGCUUCUAAUGGGGUUGUUAUCGCUACUGAGAAGAAGCUACCUUCCAUACUGGUUGACGAAGCAUCAGUCCAGAAAAUACAAUCUCUAACCCCAAAUAUUGGAGUUGUCUACAGUGGCAUGGGUCCUGAUUUUCGAGUUUUGGUUCGGAAAAGCAGGAAGCAGGCUGAACAAUAUCACAGAUUAUACAAGGAACAAAUUCCCGUUACACAACUUGUGAGGGAAACUGCCGCUGUCAUGCAGGAGUUUACUCAAUCUGGAGGCGUGAGACCUUUUGGUGUAUCUCUCCUGGUUGCUGGUUAUGAUGACAAAGGUCCACAACUGUAUCAGGUGGAUCCUUCAGGUUCCUACUUUUCAUGGAAGGCCUCAGCAAUGGGGAAGAAUGUCUCAAACGCCAAGACAUUCCUUGAGAAGAGGUAUACUGAUGAUGUGGAGCUUGAAGAUGCUAUCCACACUGCUAUCUUAACUUUGAAGGAAGGUUUUGAGGGACAGAUUUCAGGGAAGAACAUUGAGAUUGCCACCAUUGGAGAAGACAGGAAAUUCAAGGUUCUGACUCCAGCCGAGAUCGAUGAUUAUCUUGCGGAAGUGGAAUAACUUCCUGAAACGAAGCUCUGAGCCUCCGAACGAAAAUGUUUCCUCAAUCAGUGUAGUAGACGUAAUCUUGAACACUCUGCGUCGUGAAGUUUUCACUUCUGUGGCAAGUGCCUCUCUCUAUUUUGCGGUGCUCAUUUCAUAGCAGAAUGAUGGAUUGUGGAUUUUGAAUGGAGUUUGUUGUUAUCGAGAGAGAGAGAGAGAGAGCAUUUUGCAGAACUCUGCUCUUGUGUUCAGUCUCUCUUCUUUCGUGUUCGUUCCUAAUUCCUAUUCAACGAUUUUCGCAUCAAGAGAAACCCCAGUUGUCGGGAGACCUUCCUUGGUUUGUCACUAAUUAGGCCCAAAAGCCAUAUAGAUCCGACAUUACUCAUUGUCAGCCCAAACGAUUGUUCAUUCCUCUUUCAGGCCCAAUAAAGAUUAUGAACCAUG